CUAGGCCUUAGGCCUUAGGAGAAAAGGCGCGAGACUUCGGGUAUCGCGGGUGCUGCGGCCGGGCCUCGCUCUCGCUCUCGCGUUUAAAAGAGUCAUCUUUAAUCCGUAGAUUCGAUGCCAAUGUUAAGCUGCACAGUCGCCCUGCAGCUGCUCACGCGCCAAGCGGAAUUAUCACGACCUGUUGCUGACUCGCGAGCGCAUCACAUCUGGGGGCCGAGAACAUCGUUGAGAUUAUCAAUCCUCGCCGUCUCGUAUAUUCAUCUUUGGGCCCAUGUACAGCGCAACGCCAAGGCAUCACCAAUUCCUUCAUCCGCUGCAUCUCCAUCAUCGUGCAGGCAUCACCACCUCCAAUAUCGAUAUACAAGUCUAAAACAACAUACCCAACGCCAAUCAUAAAACUCCCCGCCCUGCUCGCAGACAACAUGAGCUCUUCGUAUGUACACCAGCAGGCAUUCUAUAAACGCAAAACAACAGGGUAUUCUCCAAAUUAUG